AUGGAGAUUGGUGAUGGGAGAAGAACUCGAUUCUGGGAGGAUAUCUGGCUGCGUGGUGGGCUCCUGAAAGAUAUGUUUCCGAGGCUCUUCUCAGUUUCAAACCAAAGAGGAUCCGUCAUAGGGGAUUGUGGAUUUUGGGACGGGUUAGAGUGGAGAUGGAACUUCCAAUGGAGGCGAGAGCUGUUCCAAUGGGAGCUGGACCUUCUGAACCAGAUGCAUGAAACAUUAAGACUGGUUAAUCUUGUAUAUGAGAGAGAGGAUAGAGUGGUGUGGAAGUUUGAUAAACAUGGUGUAUAUUCGACUAACUCCUUUGUGCAGGAAUUGCAGGUGGAGUUGCUUCCAGAGGAUAUAGCGAGUUUCAGCUUUACUAGGACAAUAUGGAAGGGUCUAGUCCCACCAAGAGUUGAAUUGUUUAUCUGGUUCGUCUUGACUGGAAGGGUCAAUACAAAGGAGCGACUGAGUAGGUUGGGAGUGGUUAACCAAGAAGAUGUGGUCUGUGUUUUGUGUAAUAAAGGUGUUGAAUUUGGUCACCACUUGUUUCUUGCUUGUGAGUUUGCUUGGCAGGUUUGGUGUGCAUGGCUAACGUUUGCUGGGAGGCAAUGGUCAUGCCCAGGGACACUAAAAGAACACUUUCAGAGCUGGACUGAGUUAUCAACUAGUAAGCAGGAACGCAAAAGGUGGAUGGUAUCUUUCUGUGCUAUAAUAUGGAAUAUCUGGCUUGAACGGAACAGGAGGAUCUUUCAGAAUAAAGGAAAAGGGGUUGAAGAUAUUAUCCACCAGUCGUUCAUGAACUUUAAGGAGUGGUUAGGUGUGGAUCCCUUUUGUUGUUGA